GGCUGGCGGGCUCUCUGACAGUCACCAAACUAUUUCGCCCCUUGCUACCAUUGGAUUUCUGCUCGCUCUCCUCUUCAGCAAAUAGAAACCAUCUCAGGAUAGGCUCCAACCUGACUUUUUCCCCACCUCUCCUCCUCCUCCUCCUCCUCCUCUUCCUUCUCCUCCUCCCCUCCCCCGCUCCUCUCGCCUCCUGGUAUCGGAUCUCUGAUUCUACCGCAGCCUGAAUCUUGCAAACAGCUCGGCUCUCUGUGUGGGGGCUGCCGUCUGCUUAGCAGCGGGGAGAACUGGAAGCCCGGGGUCGUGCCCUGGGCAAAGGGAAGAAGAGAAACUUGCGGCACCAGCGGUCAGAGCCCACUGCCAUCCCGUCCCCCGAGACCUCGGACACCCAGUGGGGGCUGCCUCUUCCCAGAGGGGGCGAUAACAAGGUCGGGGAGGGAAAAGUUCCUCCUACUGUUGUUGGCUCCGGUUUGGAGGAGGCGCAGUGGCUUUGCUCCCUCGGAAGUGGGAAUUGUUUUGAAUCCAGCUAGUGGAGGAGCCCGGCGCGCAGGGCUCACCGUCUGCAAGCCUCGGAGGGGACUCUACCUAACAGCUAGGAGGAGGACCCCCUGAGCCCAUCGCGAUUUGACCAGGAGCCCAAGACUUUGCAGCGCGCUUUGCAGCCCGGGCUGCAACUGAUUUGAUUCUUUCCAGUUUUGCCUCGGUUUUGGACUGAAAUCUGCUUGGCCCGGCAGCCUGAGAAGAGCUCCGGAGCGAUACUGGGAGCAUUGCGCUGCCCCCUCCCCAUCUCCUCCCCUUUCUCCUCCUCCCCCCAUCUUCCUCAUUUCUCCCCGGUACAUGAAAUCAGAUCCAAAUAAAAAGGCGACUUCAUCCCGCUGUGAUUGUGGUCUGCAGCACUCCUCUCCUUGCCCCCUUUUUCCCACCCCUCCUCCCUCAUUCAGUCCUGCAGCCCAAAAGAAGAAGCUCUGGAAGAAUAAAUUCGGGGGGAGGGCGAAGGGGGAGGUGUCCGCGUUAUGGCUAGGUUAAGGAAAGCCGAGCUGGCCGCAGCUGGAGUUGUUUUACUUUGCCACUUUUUAAUGGACCGGUUUCGGUAUGCGGAAGGGGAGACCGUAAAUCAAACCAAUGAUGUGCUUUAUGAAGUUGUCCAUGGCUUUUCUCAUGGAGAAGAGGAGGCAGACAUAGACUCACAUGUAUACAGCCACAGGUGGAAAAGAAACUCAGAGCCUCUCAAGUCAAUUGACACCAACCGAGCGAGUAUGGGUCAAGAUUCAUCGGAACCGAGAGGCUUUGCAGAUCUGCUCCUCGAUGAUGGACAUGACAACAACACACAGAUUGAGGAGGAUACAGAUCAUAAUUACUAUAUUUCCAGGAUAUAUGGGCCAUUUGACUCUGCCAGCCGGGAUUUGUGGGUGAACAUGGACCAAAAGGAAAAAGAUAAAGUGAAGAUUCAUGGGAUUUUGUCCAAUACCCAUCGGCAAGCUGCAAGGGUGAAUCUGUCCUUCGAUUUUCCAUUUUAUGGCCAUUUUCUACGUGAAAUCACUGUGGCAACUGGGGGUUUCAUAUAUACAGGAGAAAUUGUACACCGAAUGCUAACAGCCACACAGUACAUAGCCCCUUUAAUGGCAAAUUUUGACCCUAGUGUGUCCAGAAAUUCAACCAUCAGAUAUUUUGAUAAUGGUACAGCACUUGUCGUCCAGUGGGACCAUGUACAUCUCCAGGAUAAUUACAACCUAGGCAGUUUCACUUUCCAAGCUACCCUCCUCAAUGAUGGGCGGAUCAUUUUUGGAUACAAAGAAAUUCCUGUGUUGGUGACCCAGAUAAGUACAACCAACCAUCCGGUGAAAGUGGGAUUGUCUGAUGCAUUUGUAGUUGUCCACAGGAUCCAACAGAUUCCCAAUAUUCGAAGGAGAACAAUUUAUGAAUACCACCGGGUAGAACUCCAGAUGGGGAAGAUUACUAAUGUUUCAGCUGUGGAGAUGACCCCACUACCUACUUGUCUUCAGUUUAAUAGCUGUGGACCUUGUGUCUCUUCUCAGAUUGGGUUCAACUGCAGCUGGUGUAGCAAACUCCAAAGAUGCUCCAGUGGAUUUGAUAGACACCGGCAAGACUGGGUAGACAGUGGUUGCCCUGAAGAGUCCAAAGAGAAGAUGUGUGACAACACAGAGCCAGGUGAAACAUCUUCCCAGACAACCACAACCCAGCAAUCAACAACUACGCAAUUCAGGGUUUUAACUACCACCAGAAGAAUAACUUCACCACAACUACCAACCAGCCUCCCCACAGAAGAUGAUACCAAGAUAGCUCUACAUUUAAGAGAUAAUGGAGCCUCUACUGAUGACAGUGCUGCAGAGAAAAAAGAUGGAGCUCUCCAUGCUGGUCUGAUCGUUGGAAUCCUCAUCCUUGUCCUCAUCAUAGCAACAGCCAUCCUUGUGACAGUCUACAUGUACAACCAUCCAACAUCAGCAGCCAGCAUAUUCUUCAUUGAGCGGCGUCCCAGCAGAUGGCCAGCAAUGAAGUUUCGACGAGGCUCUGGACACCCUGCAUAUGCUGAAGUUGAACCUGUUGGAGAAAAAGAAGGUUUUAUUGUAUCAGAGCAGUGUUAAAAUUUCUAGGACAGAACACCAGUACUGGCUUACAGGUGUAAGACUUUAACUUUGCCUAUAUCUUUAAAAAAAAAAAAAUUAAAAACAAAGAAAAAAAUAAAGGCGCCCUAAGCUGCUGUAGCCUGAACAGUGGACGAUUUCCGGAUCAGCCUUGCCCGAGAAAGCUGGGGAAGGGAAUUUGCAAAAAACACCAUAUUAUGCUGUGCAGUAGUUUUCUUUAAUGAAAUGACAUACAGUUCACUUAGGACAUCCCCAGUGGACUGGUCAGAAUUCUGACAUGACUGUCUUGCUGUUGGCUUAGGUGUUGGGUUGCAUAAGAAUCAAGGGAAGAAAUAAAGCUUUAGUUCACAAGGGUUCUAUCCCCUUUGGUUUAUAUGUUUUCUGGGGUCUCAAAAGUAAUAGGUUUCGCAAAUGGACAAUGUUCUUAAAGGAGAAGACAAUAAUUAGUAUUUUAAGAUAGUAGAACAAAACCAAUUCAUGCAGGCAAAAGAGUGAUAACAUGUAAAUCAAGCAACUUCCAAUCUUCCAAAUUGAGAAGUGGCAGUAGAAUUUUGGUUUUCACCAUCCAUACUCACCUGUUCAAACAAGUUCAUUACUCUAAAGUGUGGACCAUUUUUUUCAAGAGGAAAAUAAAAUUGUGCCUCCCACUUUUUCGGAGAUACAAAUCCUCUCUAUCUACAGGUUAUAAAGACAUCACAAGUUUUAGGUGAACCUUUGGCAAAAAAGCUCCCAAAGGCCUCUUUGGCGAGGCAUACUUUCUGUAUCAGAAUGUCAAAUUUGGAUUUUUUUUUUUUUUGAGAAGUGCUGCCUGCAUAGUCUACCUAUGGAAUGAAGGAAGGUGAAAGAUGGUCUUGGCUGAUAGAAGGGAAAGGAAACAGGAAAAGUUUCUCAGGCAUUUUGUGAAGCAAAACUAUUGAGGGAUUUCAAACAAACAGGUGUGGGUUUGGGUUUGUUUUUUUUUUAUUUUUUAUUUUUGCCAGGUCAGCACUAAUGGCCUGUUUCAUUGUGAUUCUUGCCUAAGAAGCCAUUCAAUUUCCAGCACACAUCCCCAGAGAUUUAAAAAAAAAGGAAAAUGUUUCAGAACCCUGCUGAUUCAUACAGUAAUUUUGUUUAAAGCACAUAGUAGUUGCAUAAAUAUAAAUAUAUAUAUAUAAAUAUAUUUUUGUUUAUAGCUAACACAAGGCAGGCUCUUGUGACUGUUAAGACUGCAUUUUGUCAUCUGGACAAAGAAAAUGGAUUGCAUUACUGCAUAUUUCCAUUGAGUUGUAAAAUAAUCCUUAAUAUUAGAAUAUUUUUAUGUCCCAUGGGGAAAGUGGUUCAUUCUAUUGCAGUGCCAUACGUUUUCCUGCCUACAUGAGCCACUUUUCCACUCACAUCAACCCUUUCCUUCCCAGAUUAGGUUAAGAAGACAUUAAAAACUCCUUAAAUGAGGCCACCAGUUAUGCUGGCCUGGUUGGACUAAGCGCAAUCCAGAUUGUGAACAUCCCCCUGGGAAAAGGAAUUUUAAACAUUCUUUGAGGAGGAAAAGGGUUAUAUACACUGAACUUCUAAAGUUGAAAUUCAAAUACUGUGUGUAUAAUUCCAUUGCCAUCUUGACUUAUGAACCCUUUACAUUCUGUACAAAGUGAUUCCUGUUAAGGUACGGUGUUCAACAUUUGCAGGUUCAGGUCUCAAGUAGCACAUGUAUAUAUAUUAUAUAUAUACACACACACAUAUAUAUAUAUGUAUGUAUAUAUAUAAUAUAUACAUAUUAUAAGUAGCACCUUACUAACAUUUUAGAAUGUAUAGACAGUGUCUGAAUCCAAUGACUUCAAUCCACUAAUAAAUCAUGAUUCUCUUUAAUAACUGUCUUCAUGAAGUAAACCAGUACUGUUUUUUUUUUGUAUAGCACAGUUUACUUUUUAUUUUUUUUUAAGUUAUCCAACAUGGCAUUUAACCUUUUUUCAUGACUUAUGUAACAGUCAUCUUAAAAAAGUGAGAAGCAAAUUAAAAUGAAGGUUAAGAUGACCACCCUACAGCCAUAUGCCUUCUUAUUUGGUAUGAACUGUUCCAACACAUGCCUUGUGGGGUAGAUUUAGUUAUGUAGCAAUAACCAAAUGACUUGCCAAUUCUACUGGUGCAACUGGUACUCUAAGAAUAUUUAAUGAUCGUGUAGACAACCUCCUUCUGAGAUGAGACGCUCUGCUCUGGUUGCUUUUUACAAUAAAUUUGUCUUCCAAUGGCAGUAAUUGACAAAUAGUUCUGUUAAGCCUAUAUGCAAGUAUGUUUUCCUGUACAUCAAUGGAGGAAAUAGAAGAUAUUCCAAAGUCCAUCAUAGCGUAUCAUCCUUCAGAUGCAUUGUAAGGAUUGAUAAUUCUGUGAAAAUUUUUCACAACUUUAAUCUGAAUUACUUAGUUUGCCUAAAUAUGAAACAUUCAAGACAACCUUAGAGUAGAAACACAUCAGAAUUUGGAGGGGGCUAUCAGGAAGAAGUCCUCUCAGAUCAGAUUGAAGACUUAUUAUAAUUUUGAUAGUAAGAUAACAACCUUAACUGACAUCUUUCCUCUUUCAUGCUUUCUAUUUCAUUGCUUUUUAUUCUAUAUCCCUAUUCUGUGCUUAGAUUCCCCUGCAGAACCAAAAGAAAAUGGUGUCUUAGAGUAUAAAAUGAAAAUUGGACAUUUUCUAUAGAGUGUGAAUGUGUUAAUAACAUGCAUUAAUAACUUGAAUGUGGCACACAUAUCUAAUAGCCAUAGAAAUUACAGCAAAGCAAAACAAAAGAAAAAAACACCAAUGGAGAAAAUUAAGUUGAAAUGUUACUUGAUUAUACUGUGCUACUGUAGUGUAUAGUGAGAGCUGAUGCUGUGGAUCUCCAAUAUGACUAAGGGCUAAUGAGCCUGGCAUAAAUUUGACUGUUGACAUCAAGACUUCUCAAGUGGAUGUUAAACAAUUGUUACUGGACUGCUAUAAAGCCAUAAACUAAUUAUCUAACCCCUUUGGACCUCCUUCCUCAUAAGGAAGAUGGAGAAUAUGACAUUGCCUUGAUUAUUACAAUCGUCAACAUUCACAUUAGAAAAGAUAAAUGUGGGAACUUAACCAAAGUCAGAUACUAAGAUGGAAAAAUAGACAGAUUAGUACCUUUAUAAAUAUUUUUCAUCCCCUUUUCCAUUUCACUAAAUGAAUUGUUACAAUUUAAGCCUUAUAAAUAUUUCCUUUGAGCAGGCAUCAAACAGGACUGACUUACAUACACAACACACAAUGCCUUCUUCCUGGUGGAUAUUAAUUUAAUUGUAUAAUCUUUACAGGAAUGUUGACCUAACAUACUGUACUAGCUAUGUAAAAUCUUAGAUUUUCUCAUUUAUUAUCUAAUCCAACUCCUUCAUUUUAUAACUGAGGAAGAGAAGGCCCAGAAAACGAAAAUGUUCUGCCAUAGUUAGCUACGGCCUAGAACCCAGGCAUUCUGAUUCCCCGAUUCCCUGUAAUUUUCAUUAGAUUUUUGCGAUCUACCAGUUCUGAAGCAGCUAAGGAUAAAUCAAUGGUUUUAUUAAGCAGACAGUUCAUCUCAAGGCCUACUGCAUUUACUUCAUUGUAUUUUCUAUUGUAUCAUGCAGCAACUCUUUCACCAUGUUACUCUAUGAUUUUUUUUUAAAAUGAGUUUAUAUUUUAAAUUAGUCUCCUUGACAAGAUAAUCAGGUAUUGGCGCAUACAGUUACUUAGCUUUUUUUAUCUCAUCAAUCUUUGCAAAUGACUUAAACUUCUUUAAGAAGUGAUCUUGAUUUUAGGCCCUUUAUCCACUCCCCAGCAUUCGCCAUCACAGCAGCUUAAUGAGAUCGUCUCUAUGUUUUUUUAUGAUAAUUCUUGUUCACUCUGACAUCUAUUCCAUCCAUAUAUAUGUCCUGAACAACUAUUGCAAUUGAAUAGUGAACUAAACCCGCAAAAUAAAAGAAGUAGGAUAAUUAGUUGCAUUGCAUUUGGGAAAUUUUGAGGUGUUUUUAAUGACCUUAAGCUUUAAUUUGAAACAAAAAUCCAUCCUUUUAACAUUGAUAUUUGUAUGGCCAUGAAUGUACCUAUGAAUCACGAAAUGCUUCAGUCCCUGAAGGAUUCCUCUAAUGGGUCAUCCAGUGGGCAAAAGUAGAAUUUGUAAUGGGUUCUGAUAGAUUGCAAUAUAUCACUAAUGGAAAAUUCCAUGGGAGUGGGCAUAAAAGAUAACAACAGAAAUAUUUAUGCCCAGAAAAGGAGGUGAGUCAGUCAAAUAAGGAGGAAGAAAAAUAGUUGGACCAUCCAAAUCCCUAAAUAGUAUCUAUGACAUAUGAGGAGGUCUAUUAAAACUUCAGUAUUAUGGGUUGACCCCUGUGCAAAAAUGUAUGGCAGGGCAUGGACUACAUGGCAAGAACUACAAAAGAUAAAAAGGUCUGAGUCAAUUGUGAUCAACAGCUUUGGAAGAAAUACGCAACAGAUUUAUCUAACUACCUAAAAAGUGGUAAUAGACAACCUCCUUGUCUGAAGUAUGUGAGCGUUUAGAGAUUUGAGUAUUGAAAAUAGCACUAUCUGGUGAUGUAAUUUGCUAUAAAACAUAUUUCUUUGUACUAUAAUGCAAGUUAUCCAGAGAUGAUUCUGAAAAAUGACUUGAUUGGGCUUUCCAUUCAGAAAAGUCUGGUCUUAGGGGCAGCUAGGUGGCGCAGCGGAUAGAGCACUGACCCUGAAGUCAGGAAGACCUGAGUUCAAAUGCAGU